AUAUAACAAACAUGUUGUUUUAACAACGGUAUGAUAUUGUCAUAUUCAUGAGCAGAUAUGCUAUGGAAGGCGCAAAGAGCAUCGAGAAUGAACCAGAUUUAGAAGAGUUUGAUGACGAAUGCUCGUUUACAUACUCCGACAUUGAAUCUCCUGAUUAUGAACGAGAAUAUGACCUCGAGCUGAAAUAUAGUGACGUACAGAAUUAUAUUCAAGAUCAACCAGAAUGCAACCCCUUAGAAGAACUCGCUUCGAAUGGAACAUCUAAAAAGGAGGAAGGUGAUGUUGUUCAGGAAUUUGAUAAAGAGUUGGGUGCGGAUAAUGCAGAUAACACCGCAAAGAACCACACCGAUGAUUUUAUUGCAAACCACUCCGAUUCACAUGAAUCGAUAUGUAGCAACCGUCGUAAAGUGACUAGCGUAAAAAGCAAGCUACCUAAUAAAAAUCUGGUCGGCCCAACCUUGUUAAUGGAAAGUAGAGUUGACUCGAGUAGUCAAACCGAGGCCCAAAUUUACGUUUGCACACGGUGUAGCGGCAAUAGACUACGUCCAUCAAGACCCCUUCCUCCAAUAAAACCCACGUCCCCGAUCGACGAUCUGGACGAUGAUAUGGAGAAUAUAGAAUCGCUUCUUGCGCCUCAAUUACAAGGGGUUGAUGAUCCGUUAGAGUCGGGUGACAAUUUUGUACAUCCUGAUCCAACCCUGUCGUCCGAAGACCUACAGGAUUUGAUUCGGAUGCAAGAUGAAGCGAGAGAGCUUUACCUUCGAGUCACAGCGAAUAACCCAGGGCUGGCCUUGAGAACAAAUCGAAAUGAAAAUCGAAACAAUUCACGAUCGAGAGAACGAGAAUUUGUUUAUGAUCAGGAACAAUUACGAGGAGUUCUUCCAAAACUUCCAAAAGAAAAUCCCCACGAACCAUUGAUAAACAGUGACAAAGAAAAGUCGACAUCUAAUCUUAGAAAUGUUGAUGGACCCCGUGUUCUUCAACCAAGGGCGGUUGUACCAAAGUACAUCAUGCCGAUACGGAAGGUGUCAUCCCGUUACCUGCAGCCCCCAUUAACGAAUAUCAUGACGAGCGAAGCGAUAUCUCAAAAGUUACAGGAAAAGUUGGACAAUGCAACAAAGCGGAAACAAGAAUGCCUGGAAAAGAAGAAAUCAAAGCUUGCUCAAAGUAAUUUCUUUUGGUCAGCUGGCCGGAAACAUUACAAGGAACUACACAAGCACGAUGUCGAACUUCAGUACAGGAUUCAGGUCUUGAAAGAGACCGCGAAUCGUGGCAUACGAUAAAAUACACGGACCGUAUAUAACAUCUGUACCUAAGGAACUAUCUUACGUUAAAACAUAUUCAACAAUAUAAAUAUACAAAAAUAUAUUCAAAGUUAAAGUGACAUUUCAAUAUUGGGCAAUAAAUUGUGUAAAUGA